UCUUAAAUCUCCUCACGGAAAAAGUCUUUUCCAACACAAGCAUCACUUCCGAGCAGUUGUCAGCUCCUGUAUUAUACUUAUGGAUCAUGGCGAGUGCUGUUGUGAUUGGAAUCACCUAUUACCCUUUGUUUGUUUGCUUGGCGCCCACCUUCAGAUUCGUACACUCUACCAUCGGACUCAGCUAUGCAACCGUAUGUCUUGUUUUAUCUUUCCUGAAUAUGAAAAAUUAUAUUGAAUGCUGGCCGACCUCUGUUUGGAUCCUGACGAUGACAUCAAUAAUGCUGGCCAUACCACAGUCGUUGUGCCUUUUCUAUCUCGCUCUCCGGUUCCUCUGUAUGUUGGCGACUGACGUAAAGACCACUGUCCGGGCGUGUAGACAGCGAAACGAUGAUUUAAUGCAUUGGGAACAGGUCCCCACCUGUACAAACAAAAGUGACCGCUUAGCCAACUCAAAACAGAUUCAACAUGUCAGAGAGCUAUUCAUGAGAACAGACGAACCAACAACCUCCGGUAAAUACAUAUCCAGAUUUGUCGACACCAUACAACUGAGCUACAAAGGGGACAGAGCCUUCAGGUAUUCACAGCGCAUGGUCGUCACCUUUACCGUGGCACUCAUCUGUCUGUAUCAGAUAUCGAUACUUGUGUUAGGAUUCGGAACAUUUUUAAUUCAGUUAGGAGAAAAACAGAUGACGAAGAACACAACCUACUCUAUUUUUAGUCCAUACUUAGAUACAUUGAAAACCGUUCUAAAAGCGUCUUUCUACGUUUCCUUCACAAUUACAACUCUGAUGUCAGGUGUCAUCAUUUUUCAAAUUAUGAUCUCAUAUCGGAAGAACUUGGAGGCACUGUAUAAAGGGGAUUUUUCUUGUGUUCCUAUCGAGGCUCGUCAACAAUCGGCUGUAACAGUAAUGACAAAUAGCUUGCAUUAUUCUGGUACCCAGAUAGCCUACCUCUUUUGGAGCUACGUGAUACAGAUGAAUGUGCUGUUGAUUGUCUGCAUAUGUGUUGCAUAUUUAAUAGUACUACCGAUUCUGGGUGAUGUAAGCAUGAUCUUCCUUCAACCCUUUCUGACAGUCAUAACGACAUCUGCCAUUGGCUUUGUGACAUACUGGCUACAAAAAUUCGUGUCCUGGAAGUGGCUUUUACAGGACCACAAAGUGACCAAUAAGGACUCGAAGUGGCCGGACCCUGUGUUGGCUCUAAACAACAGAAAAGCCUAUCACAACAUGGCGUAUUUCGUGUUCUUCUACUACAUAUUCAUCAGUAUGGUCCGCUGUCUUAUGAAGGUUUUUAAAGCCGUUUUUCUGGGUGUAGUCUUUUUUGGAAGAAUAGACAGAAGCGGACUCAUAAAUGGUUUUGAGACUUGGGAUACAGGUUACAUGGCGUACGUAAGUUUCCUUCAAAUGGAGCUGGUCCACUGUCAUCCUGUAUUGGUAGUGUUUUGUGACCUACUCUGUCACAGGUUGCCGGGCAACAUCCAUGUACCAAUGCACCGCGCAACGUCAUCACUUGACGUUACAACAAGGUCCGGGGACACAUCGAUAUCGACGACAUUGCCUGUGAGAAGUUACAGAACGGCAGAUAAAGUUACCGCCAUCAGUCCGGUACCUAAGUACAAUCAGAGGAUACUUAACCGUUGGCUUAAAGUCUAUACUCUGAUGAAGAAUCCCUCUUUGGCUGUCAAAUAGUGAUAAAACUAAUUGUUGAUUUACACUUGACAUACUUGUUUACCUGUGGUUUUUAACUUUAUCAUAGAAUCACACCAUAUGUUAUUUUUCAUGAUGCGAUUCCUUUAAUCUUUUUAUGAAAAUAUUUGUACAUGCUGCCUUAAAAAGAUUUCAAUGUUUCAAGUUGACACUAUUUUGGAAUUGCUUUCUUGUGUAACGUGGCUGCAAAUGUACCGAUAUCGAACCAUAAAACACAAUCACAGCAGUGGAGUUGGCCUGUUUUUCUCUCACAUUUUGGCACUUGGGUGCAUUUGGCCUGCUGUAGUUAUUUUUUUCUUUAAACCACGUUUACAUAUUGCUCAUACAUUGAUGUUAUUAUUACAAACUACAUUACCAUAUCAGUCUUGAAUUGUAAAUGACGCUAUCCCUACAAACUAUAUGCACAUAUUGCUCAUACAUGAAGCUGUCAUAAUAAACAGCAUUUACAUAUUGCUCAUUCAUGGCGCUAUCGUUACAAACUUCAUUUACGUAUUGCUCAUACAUGACGCUAUUAUAAUAAACAACAUUUACAUAUUACAUACAUGACGUUAUCAUUACAAACUAUAUUUACAUAUUGCGCAUACACAACACUAUCGUUCCAAACUACCUUUACAUAUUGCUCAAACAUGACGUUAUCAUUACAAACUAUAUUUACAUAUUGCUCAUACAUAACACUAUCGUUCCAAAGUACAUUUACAUAUUGCUCAUACAUGGCGUUAUCAUUACAAACUACACUAACAUAUUGCUCAUACAUGACGCAAUCAUAAUAAACAACAUUUACAUAUUACUCAUACAUGACGCUAUCACUAAAAACUAUAUUUGCAUAUUGCUCAUACAUGACGCAAUCAUAAUAAACAACAUUUACAUAUUGCUCAUACAUGACGAUAUCGUUAAAACCUACAUUAACAUAUUGCUCAUACAUGACGAUAUCAUAAUAAACAACAUUUACAUAUUGCUCAUACAUAACACUAUCGCUCCAAACUACCUUUACAUAUUGCUCAUACAUAACACUAUCGUUCCAAAGUACAUUUACAUAUUGCUCAUACAUAACACUAUCGCUCCAAACUACCUUUACAUAUUGCUCAUAAUGGCGUUAUCAUUACAAACUACAUGUACAUAAAGCUCAUACAUGACGUUAUCAUUACAAACUACAUGUACAUAAAGCUCAUACAUGACGCUAUCAUUACAAACUACAUUUACAUAUUGCUCAUACAUGGCGCUAUCGUUACAAACUACAUUUACAUACUGCUCAUACAUGGCGCUAUCGUUGCAAACUGCAUUUACAUAUCGCUCAUACGUGACGCUAUAGUUA